GUACCUCAUUCCUCGAGACAUGUCUGUUGGCCAAUUCAUCCAUGUCCUGAGCACCAGGCUUCGUCUAGCACCUGGAAAAGCUCUCUUUGUAUUUGUAAAGAAUACUUUGCCUCAAACAGCUAGCUUAAUGAGUACCGUGUACGAAUCAUACAAGGACGACGAUGGCUUUCUGUACAUGUGUUACAGCAGUGAAAAGACCUUUGGCUAAGGUAAUAAUCUGAUUGAGAUUUGUGAAUGCUGAAGUUGUUGUAUACUUUCUGCUGCUUCUCCUGUUGUGAGUAUUAUAUUCCAUGAACAAAUUUGUUCUUACCAUGUAGACAUUAGUAUGUAUAAUGUGUAAAUUAUUUAAUAUUGUAACGGGCCUAAUCCCACCGCUA